CCCUUAGGUGCCUCGGGGAAAAUGUUUUUUGCUUAAAUUGACUCUCGCUUUCAGGUGUGCCGUUACAUGCCCUGUUUGCUGCCUGCACCUCUCAACACAGACUCUCAAAUCCGGCAGAAUUUAAUUUAAUCAUUUCCUGACAAAACAAUGCAAUUUCAACUGACCUUUUUUUUGCACCUUGGAUUGCUCCGUUAUGCGAAAGCUCCAGGUGAAUGCAGCUGGGGUGCCUGUCAUCCCCCCACUGGCAAUCUCCUAGUGGGCCGCAGUGCGCAGCUCACAGCUUCUUCUACCUGCGGGCUAGAGGGAGCCCAGAAGUACUGCAUCCUCGGCUACCUUGAGGAGGAACAAAAAUGCUUCAUCUGUGACUCCAGAUUUCCUUAUGAUCCCUACACCCAGUCAAACAGCCACACCAUUGAGAAUGUAAUUACAAGUUUUGAACCAGGUAGAGAAAAGAAAUGGUGGCAGUCUGAAAAUGGUCUUGAUCAUGUCAGCAUCAGAUUGGACCUAGAGGCAUUAUUUCAGUUCAGCCACCUUAUUCUGACUUUCAAGACUUUCCGGCCUGCUGCAAUGUUAGUUGAACGUUCCACAGACUAUGGACACACUUGGAAAGUGUUCAAAUAUUUUGCAAAAGACUGUGCUACUUCCUUUCCCAACAUCACAUCUGGCCAGCCCCAGGGAGUGGGAGACCUUGUUUGUGACUCCAGAUACUCGGAUAUUGAGCCCUCAACUGGUGGUGAGGUUGUUUUAAAAGUUUUGGAUCCCAGCUUUGAAAUAGAAAACCCUUACAGCCCCUACAUCCAGGAUCUUGUGACAUUAACAAACCUGAGGAUAAACUUUACCAAACUCCAUACUCUUGGGGAUACUUUGCUUGGAAGGAGGCAAAACAAUUUCCUUGAUAAAUAUUACUAUGCUUUGUAUGAGAUGGUGGUUCGGGGAAGCUGUUUUUGCAAUGGCCAUGCUAGUGAAUGUGGCCCAAUGCAGGAGGCACGAGGAGAUGUCUUCAGCCCCCCUCAAAUGGUUCCUGGACGGUGUGUCUGUCAGCACAACACAGCUGGCCCCAACUGUGAGAGGUGCAAGGACUUCUUCCAGGAUGCUCCUUGGCGGCCGGCGGCCGGCCUCCAGGACAACACUUGCAGACCGUGCAGCUGUAAUGGCCACUCUGACCUCUGUCACUUCGACAUGACUGCAUACCUGAGGAGCGGCGGCCUCAGCGGAGGCGUGUGUGACGACUGCCAGCACAACACCGAGGGGCAGCACUGUGACCGCUGCAGACCCCUUUUCUACAGGGUCCCCCUCCAGGCUAUCUCGGAUCCCUAUGCCUGCAUUCCUUGUGAAUGUGACCCUGAUGGGACCAUAUCUGGCGGCAUUUGUGUGAGCCAGUCUGAUUCUGCCCUGGAGUCUGUGGCUGGCCAGUGCUUGUGUAAGGAGAACGUGGAGGGAGCCAAGUGCGACCAAUGCAAGCCCAACCACUACGGGCUGAGUGCCACCGACCCCGUGGGCUGUCAGCCCUGCAAUUGUAACCCCCUUGGGAGUCUGCCCACCUCGACCUGUGAUGUGGAUACAGGCCAGUGCUUGUGCCAGUCAUUUGCCACCGGACCACACUGUGAAGAAUGCAUUGUUGGAUACUGGGGACUGGAAAAUCAUCCCCAGGGAUGUUCUCCCUGUGACUGUGAUAUUGGAGGUGCUUAUUCAACCAUAUGCUCACCUGAGGAUGGGCAGUGUGAGUGCCGCCCGCACAUCACUGGCCCCGGCUGCACAGAACCAGCCCCCGGCUACUUCUUUGCACCUUUGGAUUUCUAUCUCUACGAGGCAGAGGAGGCGAUGCCACUCCAAGGACUUGCACCUUUGAUAUUAGCAACAGCUUUGCCUACAUGUGACGUGUAUUUCCAGCAACAAGGAAAUGAUUUCACCAUUGACAAAGGCAAUGUAAUAUUGAAGAGAAAUCAGAAGCAGAGCAUACCUGCUGACCCACAGAUGGAGGGCUCGGUGACUUUUGGCCAGGCGCCUGCUGUUCACAUUGUUUUCCCAGAGCUGCUUCCUGGGACCCCUGUUACGUGGACUGGACCUGGAUUUGCUAAGGUUCCUCCUGGGGCUGGCUUGAGAUUUGGUGUCAACAACAUUCCCUUUCCCAUGGACUUCGCCAUUGCCAUUCGCUAUGAAAUUCAGUCGGCAGCUGACUGGUCUGCCCAGAUCAUGAUUAAUCCACCUGGAGGGAGCAAGCAGUGUACACACAAGACCCAACAGCCAAGGCUUCAGUCUUCUGCUUUACCAGCAGCUUCCAGAAUCGUGCUGCUUCCCACACCCAUCUGUUUAGAACCAGAUGUACAGUAUUCCAUAGAUGUCUAUUUUUCCCAGCCUUCGGAAGGACGGCCCCUCGCUCAUUCACAUAUCCUGGUCGAUUCUCUUGGUCUUAUUCCCCAAAUCAAUUCUUUGGAGAAUUUCUGUAGCAAGCAGGAUUUGGAUGAGUAUCAGCUGCACAACUGUGUUGAAAUUGCCUCGGACACGGGGCCUCGGGUGCUCCCUGGUGCAUGUGAAAGGCUUAUAGUCAGCAUGUCUGCCAAGCUGCACAAUGGGGCAGUGGCCUGCAAGUGUCACCCCCAGGGCUCAGUGGGACCCAGCUGCAGCCGGCUCGGAGGCCAGUGCCUGUGCAAGCCUGGUGUGGCCGGGCGCUGCUGUGACAAGUGCUCACCAGGAAGCUAUGGUUUGGGGCAUCAUGGCUGUCACUCAUGCCACUGCCACCCUCAAGGCUCAAAGAACACCGUGUGUGACCAAAUAACAGGAGAGUGCCCCUGCCAGGAAGAGGUGGCUGGCCGCCAUUGUGAUCAGUGCCUGACAGGCUAUUUCGGAUUUCCCAACUGCCGCCCUUGCCUUUGUAAUGGGUUUGCUGAACUUUGUGAUCCGGAGACAGGGUCGUGCUUCAAUUGCAGGGGCUUUACAACUGGAAGAAACUGUGAAAGAUGCAUUGAUGGUUACUAUGGGAAUCCUUCCUCAGGACAGUCCUGCCAUCCUUGCCCAUGUCCAGAUGUUCCCUCGAGUGAUCAAUAUUUUGCCCACUCCUGUUAUCAGAAUCCCUGGAGCUCAGAUGUAAUCUGCAAUUGUCUUCAAGGUUAUGAAGGUAAGCGGUGUGGAGAAUGCUCUGCCGGUUUCUAUGGAAAUCCACGAAUUUCAGGAGCACCUUGCCGGCCGUGUGCCUGCAACAGUAACAUUGAUGUAACGGACCCAGAGGCCUGCAGCCGGGUCACAGGGGAGUGCCUUAGAUGUCUGCACAACACCCAGGGGCCCCGCUGCCAGUUCUGCAGGCCAGGUUACUUCGGAUCGGCCAUCAAUCAGACCUGCAGGAGAUGCUCCUGCCAUCCUUCUGGUGUGAAUCCCACUGAGUGUCCCCCUAGUCGGGGAGCUUGCCUCUGUGACCCUGACACUGGUGCAUGCCCUUGUCUGCCCAACGUCACGGGUCAGGCCUGUGACCACUGUGCUGACGGGUACUGGAAUCUGAUCCCUGGCAGAGGAUGUCAGCCAUGUGAUUGUGACCCCGGGACUUCUCACAGUAACCGCUGUGACCAGCUUACAGGCCAGUGUCCAUGUAAAUUAGGCCAUGAUGGGAAACGCUGCAGUGAGUGCAAGGAAAAUUAUUACAGUGAUCCGCUGGGACGAUGCCUUCCAUGUGACUGCAACAGGGAAGGUUCCCAGAGGCCCGUGUGUGACCAGGGCACAGGCAUGUGCCACUGCCGGGAGGGUGUCAGUGGCCAGAGAUGUGAUCGCUGCGCCCGGGGUCAUGGCCAGGAAUUCCCUGCUUGUCUUCGGUGCCACGUGUGCUUUGAUCAGUGGGACCGCACCAUUUCUCCCCUCUCCAAAGUGGUGCAAGGGUUAAUUAGGCUGGCUGCCAACAUGGAAGAUAAAAGGGAGACGCUGCCCAUCUGUGAGGCCAACUUCAAAGGCCUCAGAGAGAACUUGUCUGAAAUAGAAAGGAUUUUGAAAGAUCCUGUUUUCUCAUCUGGGGAAUUCUUAAAAGUCAAGGAUUAUCAUGACUCUGUCCGGAAACAAACCAGGCAGCUAAGUGAGCAACUGAAAACAGUGUAUGAAUUUCAAGAUUUGGAAGAAAUAUUAGUAAGAAUGAGGAGUGAAGCAGACCUUUUGCUUGAAAGUCUCAAAGAAGAAAUUGAUUUGCAUUCCACUGUCCGUAAUGCAAGCAUCAUGGAUGUCUCAGAGAACAUCAAGAAGUACUAUCAGAGAUCACUAUCUGCUGAAAAGAAAACUAAUGAAACAACUGCCAUCAUAAAUAACUCUGAAAAAACCAGGAGGGACUUACGCACCAUUGUGGAUACACUAACUGCAACAGGAAACCUAUCAUUGGAAAAACUGAAGCAGAUUAAGAUACCAAAUAGCCAAAUAUUAUAUGAAAAGGUGUGUGGAGAACGAGGGGACGUGUGUGCACUCUCGUGCUGUGGUGGCCCCCUGGCCCUCUCCGGGACUGCCCUGCAGAAAGCUCAGGAAGCAGAGUCCAUGAUUCACAGUUGGAGCAGCCAGGCUCACAGAGUAAAGAAUCAGAUAAAAAAUAUAAGUAAACUGGCAGAAGGCUCCAAAUCUAUCUUCCAGCUGAGUGAGAAACUGAGGAAUAUGAAAAACCAAAGUGAAUCUGAAGAAGAAGAAAUGAAUCUUUUAAUCAGAGAACUAACAAAGUUUUUGUUAGAGGAAGACAUGCCUCCAGAGGACAUAGAGAAAGUUGCAAAUCCUAUACUUGACAUCCACCUACCAGUAACAUCACAAAAUCUAACCCAUGAACUUGACAAAACACAGAAGCUGAUGCAACUCUGUAAGGACUACAGGACAGACAAGAACAGGCUAAAUAAAGCAGCAGGUGGAGCCCAGAAGGUUUUGGUGAAGGCGAAGGUAGCUGAAAAAGCAGCAGCAAAUGUUGUAUUAAGUCUUGACAAAAUGUUGAAUCAAUUGCAACAAGUUCAAAUCACUCAAGGAUGGGCAAAUUCCACCAUCACACAGCUGACUGCAGAGAUAACAAAAAUAAAAAAGAAUGUACUGCAGGCCGAAAAUCAAGCCAAGGAGACUAAGAAUGAGCUGGACUUAGCACAGCAGCAGUCAGGGCUGGAGGAUGGACUUCCCCGACUGCAGACCACAGUGCAAAGGAAUCAAGACCAAGCCACCCGUGUGAAAGCGCAGGCUGAGUCGGCCCGACGCCAGGCUGGGGGCCUGGAGGAGGAGUUUGUAGAGCUGAAAAAUCAAUAUGCUGCUCUCCAACGUAAGACAAGCACCAUAGGACUGACAAAGGAAACCUUAGGGAAAGUGCAACGGCUCAAAGACGCAGCAGAAAAACUGGCUGAGGAUACAGAGGACAAGAUAAGAAGAAUAACAGAUUUAGAAAAGAAGAUCCAAGAUUUGCAUCUAAGUAGACAAGAAAAAGCUGAUCAACUGAAACAGUUGGAGGAUCAAGCCAUUGCCAUUAAAAAUGAAAUUGUUGAGCAGGAAAAGAAAUAUGCUACCUGCUAUAGUUAGAGUUACAGUACAAAAUCAGCCUGUGCCUUCUCUGGCUUCUGACAUGGAAACCUAAGGAGCUGCGCUGAACUUGGGAAACGCAAACGCUCGGCCUGCUCUGCCCGCCCUUCCCCAAGCCCUCUCUGUGCCGCACACCCGCCCCCAGGGCUGGGCGGGAGGACUGGGCCAAGGGAAAGCUGCUUCAAAGAAAAGAAAGGGCAAGUAAAGAGACUGUCUCUGCUUUCAGAAACCUUUCCUCUGGCCUUCCUUUCCCUUUCCUACUUAAAAAUAGUGAGUUACAUAUGCCAGCAUAAAUCUAAAUAUUCUAUUUACUAAUACUCAUUUCCAGUGAACUGAAAGGUUAAAUAAAUUGCCAGCAGCUGGGGUUGAGGAAUGGGAGUUAUCAAUCAACAGCUAUAAAGUUUCAGCUAAGCAAGAUGAGGAAGUUCUAAAGAUCUGCUGGGCAUUACAUGCACAGUCGGUGAUAAUAUACAUUCAAACAUGUUAUGAGGGUAGCGCUCAUAUUAAAUGUUCUUACCACAAUAAAUUUAAACAAAAUAAAUCAGUGUCUCUAAAACAAAGAUGAAAAUAAAGGAUGGCAUGUACUAGAUUGUCUUAUGUUUUAAUUUAGGCUUGCUCUAUCUAUAACACUAUUGUUCUAUCCUGAAUAAAACGCAUACAAUUCAAAAUGUAACUUGUUCUUACACCCACUUUUCUACAUAUUCAUUCUCUCCACCAAAGGAUUCCAUUUCCCCACAUGGUACUAGAACAAUAUUCAAAAAGAUAAAUACUGAACUAUGUUUUAUAAUUUGCAGGCAUUUUUGCUGUAAAAUCUACUUAUUUUUAAAAGACUAGCAAUCAUGUUAUUGUUGUUUAUAAAAGAUCAGAUUGCCUCAUUUCAAAAUGGGUCUAUGAUUUCACAUUAACUUUUUUUGCAUGUGUGAUUAUAUAUAGAGUAUUGCUUGUUUGUGAAAGCUAUCCUGUAGAGGGAUUAUUUUACAGGAAUUUGUCCCCACAGUUUUGAAUAAGCAAAAAUAUACAUCAGCAUUGAUGUAAGAAAGAGGAAAAGCAGCUGGAGCCAUUUUCCCUAAGGGACUGACUCAUAAAAAAUGGAUUUAAAAAGUCAACAAAGGGGCUUUAGGAUUACAUGUAACUAUGAAAUUUCUGAAAAUAUAUUUUAUUCAGGAAAAUUGCAGUUUCCUGGGAGAUUCUGAAGAAUAGAAUGAAACUUUUCUAUGGGAUGGCAGUCUCUUGAAAUAUAUGAUUGUAAUGCUUCACAGGUCUAGCACUUAAGACUUACGGAAGAUACCAACAAAUGACACACAAGAUGAAGAGAGUCGAAAAAUAUAGCUGUUGUAGAGUCUAAAUUGUUUACUCCAAUGUAGAGGGUGGAACACUUAAUUUUACAGGCAUGGUUAUCUGUUUGCAAUAGCAACAUUCAGUGAUCUACCUUUUCAAUGGUCAAAGACAGUGUAAGCAACAGGCCAGAGAGUGUGGACAUGGUUAAAGAGGGAAGAGUUUCUGUGCUCUGACUUCCCAGUUGAAGUCUGGAGAGACAGAACAUUCCCCAGCCAGGAGGGAAGCACAGUGCUCCGCAGAGCCACGCGCAAGGGCAAAGUGAACCCAUCGCCUCUGCGGGCUCCGGGGAUGGCGGUCUGAUGAGGUUAGGAAGCACAUCAAGUACUUUGGAAAGAUUGCAAUUAAAAAGUGGUUAAGCUUUCUCAACUUUGGUGUUUGAGAAGCUUUGGUUAUCUUUCAAAAUGUACAUGUGUGAAAAUCUUUCUUGAUAAUGUCAGAUGAAAAAUUCUAAUGUCCUGUACUGGCUCUAUCAGUGGUUUAAGAUGUACCCAAGGCAAAGCUUCGGUGAAACAGUAUCUGAUACAUUGCAAAGUAAUUUGGUAAUGUUGAACGGUAUAUUAAGAAAAUCAUCUUAAACAGGGAGAAAAGCUCUGGGAAUAAUUCAUUGUGCUACUUAUAUUAA